AUGAUGAACAAGGGGAGCUUUAGUGGGCUUAUUUGGGAGAGACGGACGCAAACUCUGGUCAUACAGACACUAACUGAGGACAAGACCUUUGCGGAGAUAGUCGUGGAGAACGUGGGGGACACCGAUAUUGAGGUUCCGUUCGUGAGGAACAUGUGCUGGCUUAACAAAACCGAGUUCUGCUACACUUGGGAUUCGGUCGCAGAGGUGAAGAUAUCUUUGGAAUCUGAGGAGGACUCAGAUACCGAGUGUUACAGUGUAACCUGGACUCCAAUUCACUGUCAUGUGGACCUGAAGGACUGUUUCUCCAUGGUGAAUAUUUCGUGGUACGGAGGUGCCAGUGUCCAUGCGCCCAACUGGCCGAUAAACGAUGCCAACAUUUCCAUGCAGCCCUUCACAGUCAGUGACCUUAGGGACAACCCUUCUGGCUUCGGGUCAGUUUUAGAACGCUACUUCCUGGGAUCCUCAGGUGUGUCAGUUCUAGUGGCCCCGAACAUCCCUCUUCAUGUAGGGAUAGAGAGCAGACAGCAGUACUGUUUGCAGACACCGCCCAGUAUGGAGCGCAUGCCGCUGCAGUACACCGUGUGUGUUGGACGCAACAUUCGAGCCGUCCAUCAGGAGUCAAUGCAGCAGCUCUCCACAGCCAGACGAGAACUGCCAAACAUGGCUGUCUUACGGCUGCCUUUCUGGAAGCUUCUAGCAAACGUGGACUCAGGGGCCAAGCUAGAGCGCGAGCUGAGGACCUUCUCAAACCGGCUGAAGCGGCAUCACCUGGGGGAGGGAGUCAUCAGCCUCGACGAACAUUCCACGGCUCUCCUCGCCAACAUGGACCACAGCUACCUCAAUAGCAAGAAAAGGACGUCUAAGAGAAAGACGAGGGACCUCCCUUUUGUGAAGCUUCUAAACAUUUCCAUCACCCUGUCACCGUACCUGAGCGUGGACUCGCAGCAGUUCCAGACCUCCAUUCAAGAAGGCAUUGAAGACUACUGGCUGAGUCUGCCCUCAGGAGCACAGGGCCAACCGGUGCCUCUGUUGACUCAGUGGAAAGGAAAGUACAGUGUGAAGCUCAACAUCUCCAACCCAGAAGCCACAAAUUGGUUUCUGGACAAAGUGGACAGCUUGCAUAGUCAUUUGGGCAUGGAGUAUGUCAUCCUGGAAGGCGGUGAGGGAAAACCUUUCGAGGAACAAGCCCUGCGCCUCCCUCUGGCGUGGGUUGGGGAUGAAUACAUCAGACUCUUGGCUGACCUGGCAGAGAGGAUAGGGGACAAUGCCAUUGUGACCUCAGGAACAAGGUCCAGCCACAAAGCGCUCUUCAUCCGUAUGAGUGCACUGCAGUCAGACUGGAGUUACUCUGGGCUCAAAGGAAUCAUUCCAUCCCUGCUGCAUUACAGUCUUCUGGGAUAUAGUUUCUUCAUUCCUGAUGCAGUAGGAGGCUCGCUCUCUGCCGAACUGGUUGCCGAUGAUGAGCUCUUCGUUCGCUGGCUGGAAAUCGCAGCCUUUCUUCCUGUCAUCAGCUUCCAGACACCUCCAUGGGUCUUUGAGAAGGAAUGGGUCCUAAACCUCACCAGAUUCUACAUAGCCAAGCACCACGACUUUGUCAUUCCUUUGAUACUGAAAUACGCAGAGGAAUGGCAGGAUACUGGAAACCCCAUCUACAGGCCGCUGUGGUGGCUCAGUCCAAACGACCCGAUCACGUUCACCAUUGAUGAUGAGUUUCUCAUUGGAAAUGAGGUCCUUGUUGCGCCGGUUACUGAAAAAGGAGCUUUACAAAGAGACAUUUACCUGCCGGAGAGUGACUUUCAGUGGCAGGACACUAACAAUGCUCAAAUGUUUGAUGGAGGGACGUUUCUGGAAAGUUACCCGGUCAGCCUUGGGGACGUGGCGGUGUUUGUUCGAUGGAGGUCCUGAGGCUUACUUACCACUUUUUUUCUAUUUUUGAAGAUUUUUGUGCUGAUCUCAAAUUGCACUUUCCAUAAAGACCAUUAUCUGUGUCUCAAGAAAUCUUGAGAUUAGGUAGAAGAUAAUUUGCACUUUAAAAAUCUAAGUGGUUUAUAUUUUCUCGUGAUCUUUAGAUCCCUCUUGUUUUUCUUCCGCUACUUGUUUUGUUAAUUCAUACCAUUUUUUUUGACUUUUUUCUUCAGAACGCAGUUUACAUUUAAUAGAUUCUUACAGUCUCUUAAAUUGUUAUCAUGACAUGUAGCUAGAAAUCAAACCCUUUGCUUAAAAACAAU